UGUUCUGCUGCUUAGGAUCGUGAAGCCGACUGGGAAGAACCAUUCGUGCGCCUGCACCACUUCCACCACACCACACCACAACCGACUGUCUCAAGAUGGGAGGCAAGAGAGAAAGAGCCCAGCCGGGCGACACAGCCACGGCAUCGACCGGCGACAUUGAGACACCCUCCGAGCCGCCGUCCAAGAAGACCCGUGUCGAGGCCAGCCGGUCGCUCUUUGUGCGCUCGCUCGCGCCCACCGCGACACCAGAGUCCUUGACCGAGUUCUUCUCGCAGCACUUCCCCGUCAAGCACGCCCACGUCAUCACCGACCCCAAGACCAAGGAGUCUCGCGGCUAUGGCUUCGUCACCUUCACCGACGCCGACGACGCGAAGGAGGCCAAGGAGAAGCUCCACAAGCACAAGCUCGAUGGCCGGCCCAUGUUCCUCGAGAUCGCCGAGGCGAGACACCGCAAGGCCGGCGACGGCCAGACAGAGGCCGUGGCCAAGAAGGAGCAGCGGCAGGCCGAGCUCGCCGAGGCCCGGAAAGCGCCCAAGCUCAUCAUCCGAAACCUGCCGUGGAGCAUCAAGAAGGGAGACCAGCUCGGCGCCCUGUUCCAGGGCUUUGGCAAAGUCAAGUACGCCGACCUGCCGUCCAACAAGGGCAAGCUGUCUGGCUUCGGCUUCAUCACCAUGCGCGGGCACAAGAACGCCGAGAAAGCCAUGGAGAUGCUCAACGGCAAGGUCAUCGAUGGACGGACGAUAGCAGUCGACUGGGCGGUGGACAAGAACCAGUGGCAGAAACAAAACGCUGAAGACGACGAUGACGAGCAUGAGGACAAGGAGGACAAGAAGUCGGAAAAGAAGAGCAAGAAGAAGUCAAAAGCGCAGAAACCUGACGAAGAGGACGAGGAGGAGGAUGACGAGCAGGAUGCCGAAGACGAUGGGAAAGCGAAGGAUCCCGACGACCAGCUGGACGCAGAUCUGAGGAACUUCUUCAAGAACCACAUGGGCAACAUGGAGGACGAGGAUAGCAACGACGAAGAUGAGGACGACAAGGACGAGGAAGACGAGAACGCGGAACCAAAGAAGCAGCUCUCGACAGACAACAGCACAACAUUGUUCGUGCGCAACCUGCCAUUCAGCACCACAGAUGAGGGUCUCAAGUCCCACUUUGAGCAAUUCGGCACCAUCAGAUAUGCGCGGAUAGUCAUGGACCGCGCCGCCGACCGACCCGCGGGCACGGGCUUCGUGUGCUUCGCCGACGCGGCCGAGUUCAAGGACUGCCUGCGUGGCGCGCCGCGGAUACAGCCCACCACGACGGCCGGCAAGAAGAUGUCGAUCUUGCAGGACGAGCGCAAGGAUCCGGAGGGCAAAUACACGAUUGACGGGCGGGUGCUGCAGGUCUCACAGGCCGUGAGCAAGGACGAGGCGUCGCGGCUCGCGGACGAAGGUGCCGCUGCCCGCGGUGGCAAGGACCGCGACAAGCGCCGCCUGUACCUCCUCGCCGAGGGCCAGAUCCCGGCCGACUCGCCGCUGCACAGGUUGCUUACCCCGUCCGAGGUGCAGAUCCGCGACCAGAGCGCCGCCCAGCGCAAGAAGCUCAUCCAGGGCAACCCGAGCUUGCACUUGUCCCUGACGCGCCUCGCCGUGCGCAACCUGCCCCGCGAGAUGGACUCCAAGACGCUCAAGGCCCUCGCGCGUGAGGCGGUGGUCGGCUUUGCGACAGACGUCAAGGAAGGUCGCAGGUCGCCGCUGAGCAGGGAGGAGCUCACGCGCUGCGAGGACGACAAGGCGGCCGACCUGAAGCGCAAGGAGCAGGGCAAGGGUGUGGUCAAGCAGACCAAGAUCAUCUACGAGAACGCGCAGGGUUCCAAGGUCGAGGAGAUCGACGGGGCCAGCAAGUCCCGUGGCUACGGCUUCAUCGAGUACUACACGCACCGCAUGGCGCUGAUGGGCCUGCGCUGGCUCAACGGCCACGCGAUCAAGAACAAGGCCGGCAAGUCGCAGCGCUUGAUUGUCGAGUUUGCGAUUGAAAAUGCGAAUGUCGUCGCGCGGAGGAGGGAUAUGCAGACCAAGUUCUCUGGCGGUAACAGCAGCAGCAACAACAAUUACAACAGGAAGGAUGACCGGGAUGGCAAGAAGGGUGGCCUGCCCAAAGGCAAGGACUUUUCUGUGUCGAACAAGAAGGGCAAGAAGGGUGAUAAGACCAAGGGAGGGGACGGCAAGCCCGCGACUGCAGCUGUUGAGGGGAAGAAGGGGAAGGAGGAGGCGAAGAAGGAGGGUUUCCAGCAGCAGAUCAUCGGGCGCAAGCGGAUGAUGCGCAAAAAGAAGGCUCAGUCGCGGGGAUGAGCUUGAGAGUAAGGAGAAGAGACUUGGAAAACCCGGUUGGCGUCGAGCUCGUCUAUAUUCAGCAUGAUUGCAUCGCAUAAAUUUACAGCAUUUCCCCACG